CCUUUGCUUGUCCCAUCAAGCUAGGGGCGGUGCAACGGUGGGCGGGUCCUAGCGGCGGCCUGACGGGCCUCAGACGGUAGGAAUCUGCAGUUUCUAGCUGUUGGCGGCUUGGGCGGGACCCACGCGGUGCGGUGCAAGAUGGCGGAUGCAGAAGUAAUUACUUUCCCAAAGAAGCAUAAGAAGAAAAAAGACCGGAAGCCAUUACAAGAAGAAGAUGUAGCUGAAAUACAACAUGCUGAAGAAUUUCUUAUCAAACCAGAAUCCAAAGUGGCUCAAUUGGACACUUCUCAGUGGCCCUUGUUACUAAAGAAUUUUGAUAAGCUAAAUGUAAGGACAACACACUAUACACCUAUUCCUUGUGGUUCAAAUCCUUUGAAGAGGGAGAUUGGGGACUAUAUCAGGACAGGUUUCAUUAAUCUUGACAAGCCCUCUAACCCCUCUUCCCAUGAGGUGGUAGCCUGGAUCCGACGAAUACUUCGGGUAGAGAAGACAGGCCACAGUGGCACACUAGAUCCCAAAGUGACUGGUUGUUUAAUUGUGUGCAUUGAACGAGCUACUCGUUUGGUGAAAUCACAACAGAGUGCAGGCAAAGAGUAUGUGGGAAUUGUUCGGCUGCACAAUGCUAUUGAAGGGGGUACUCAGCUUUCUAGGGCCCUAGAAACUCUGACAGGUGCCCUGUUUCAGCGACCCCCACUUAUUGCUGCAGUAAAGAGGCAGCUUCGAGUGAGGACUAUCUACGAGAGCAAAAUGAUAGAAUAUGAUCCUGAAAGACGAUUAGGAAUCUUUUGGGUGAGCUGUGAAGCUGGCACCUACAUUCGGACACUAUGUGUACACCUUGGCUUGCUACUGGGAGUUGGUGGUCAGAUGCAGGAACUUCGGAGGGUGCGUUCUGGAGUCAUGAGUGAAAAGGACCACAUGGUGACAAUGCAUGAUGUACUCGAUGCUCAGUGGCUGUAUGAUAACCAUAAGGAUGAGAGUUACUUGCGGCGUGUUGUUUACCCUGUGAAUGCAAUCUGCUAUGGGGCCAAGAUCAUGCUUCCUGGUGUUCUCCGAUAUGAGGAUGGCAUUGAGGUCAACCAGGAGAUUGUGGUCAUUACCACCAAGGGGGAAGCUAUCUGCAUGGCUAUUGCAUUGAUGACUACAGCAGUGAUAUCUACCUGUGACCAUGGUAUAGUAGCCAAGAUAAAGAGGGUAAUUAUGGAGAGAGACACCUAUCCUCGCAAGUGGGGUUUAGGUCCAAAGGCAAGUCAGAAGAAGAUGAUGAUCAAGCAAGGCCUUUUGGACAAGCAUGGCAAACCUACAGACAACACCCCUGCCACCUGGAAACAAGACUACAUUGACUAUACUGAUUCUGGCAAGAAAGCACUGGUUGCUGAAGCAGUACAAGCCCCUCAGUUAGCUGGUGAAACAGUUAAAGUCAUAAAAAGGAAGCGGGAAAGUGAGAGUGAAAGUGAUGAGACCUCUCCAGUUGUUCCUCAGUUGAUGAAAAAGGAAAAGAAGAAGAAUAAGAAGAAUAAGAAGCCUAAAACCGUGCUAGAAAGUGGGGGCGAGGCUGGAGAUGGGGACAGUGACAUCAUGAAAAAGAAAAAGAAGAAGAAAGUAAAAGUGGUGGAAAAGAUGUCUGAAUAGUAAAAGCCACUUGAAGCAUUGUGUCCAGCUAGGAGGAGAAAUGAAAACCUUAUUGAAAAACAUUUUGUUGAGGAGUAGAACAGAGGUCCCAAACAGAGUAUAGAGUUCUGGUACACUUUAGCCUACACUUGUGACCUCAGUGGUUAGGGUGUGGCCAUUUCAUCCUAUCCUGUCCUGUCCUGUUUUAAGGAUAUGAGAGAUGAAAAGCAGUUUUUGCCACUGACCCCUCUGCUUGCUUGAGUGGGGGAGCAUACCUUCAGACAUGGCACUGCCUAGUAACUGUCUGCAGCUGUUUACUAAUGGCCAUUUUAAACAAUGCCAUAGAUAGUUCUCUCCUAGUUUGUUUUUUUUUUAAUGUUUGUAAAAUUUAAAUCUGCUAAAUAAAAUGGUAUAGAACCUUC